GCAACCAUAAACAGAGGACUUCACCCACGAGUCUCAGGCAAGCUUGCUAUGAACAUCGGUUGCUAACUUGCUACCCGCGCGGGAGCCUAGCAAUAACCAUGAGCAAUAUAGGCAUAGCAUAAUUAGCAUUUUACCAUUUGUAAAGGUAGCUACGCAGGGCUGUCUUUUGACAUCAAUUUUUCAACCGGAAGAUAGUGCUAGCAUUGCAUUUUAGCUGGGUAGCUAGGCAGGGUAGCUAUUACAUUCCAUCGUUUUACACAGCCACUGACCUCUACAACAACAACACCCAGACGUGCUGAGUAUCUUUUGGUAGUGGGGCUUUUCCUGGCCCGCCUCUCCAGUUGUCCCCGCGUGACUGCCCGGUGACGGUUCCCGAAUAUGAGACACAAUGAGUCAAAGAGAUACUCUAGUUCAUCUGUUUGCAGGAGGAUGUGGGGGCACAGUAGGAGCCAUACUGACUUGCCCACUGGAAGUAGUGAAAACACGUCUGCAGUCAUCAUCUAUCGGUUUCUAUGUUUCUGAAGUUCAACUGAGUACUGUCAAUGGAGCCAGUGUGGCUCGGAUGUCUCGACCAGGUCUCCUGCACUGCCUCAAAUUAAUAUUAGAAAAAGAAGGACCCCGCUCACUCUUCAGAGGCUUGGGACCAAAUUUGGUGGGUGUGGCACCUUCCAGAGCAAUCUACUUUGGUGCUUAUUCCACAGCCAAAGAGAAAUUGAACAAUGUACUGGAACCAGACUCCACACUUGUUCACAUGGUCUCGGCUGGAAUGGCAGGUUUUACAGCAAUUACAGCAACCAAUCCAGUAUGGCUUAUAAAGACUCGUCUACAACUGGAUGCCAGAAACCGAGGGGAGCGCAGGAUUAGUGCACUUGAAUGCGUGCGGAGAGUGUAUCAGUCAGAUGGCCUUCGAGGUUUCUACAGGGGCAUGUCAGCAUCUUAUGCCGGCAUCUCAGAGACUGUGAUCCACUUUGUGAUCUACGAAAGCAUCAAACGGCGUAUCAUGGAGGCCAAAGCCCCCCAGAACAUGGACGAACAAGAGGAGGUAUCCAAGGAUGCCCUAGACUUUGUUGGGAUGAUGCUUGCUGCCGCCACUUCCAAGACAUGUGCCACAUCCAUUGCUUAUCCUCAUGAAGUGAUACGCACACGGCUACGUGAGGAAGGAACCAAGUAUCGUUCCUUCUUCCAGACUUUAACAAAAGUUCCCAAAGAAGAGGGCUUUCGCGCUCUCUACCGUGGCCUCACCACCCAUUUGGUACGACAGAUCCCCAACACUGUUAUCAUGAUGUACACCUACGAGAUGGUGGUCUACAUCCUAAAUGGUUAAUGUCUUCGCCUCCUUUACUCUGACUCAUUCUCGUAAUCUAGCCCUUUUUCAGGGUUAGAUAAAAAAAAAAAAAAAACGCUGACAAGUUAUAACAAAAGCUCACCAUUUGAGAAAUGCAGCAUCUCAACUGUAACAGAGUAUUACGGUAAUUUUAAAUGCCAUGUUUUUAUUUAUCAUCAAAGGCACAGGAAAGACUGAGUGAUAACCCACUCUGAUUUAGGUUGGAGCAGGACAAAUAAGCCUUCCCUCAUUUAUUGCUGUUGAUACUACUCCCAAAAUACUACUGUAUUUCUGAAAAUUGUAGAUGCACUUAACUAACACACACUUGCAUUUUAAAUCUGGAACUUCAAUUCGUUAUACGUGCUGUCAAAUUCAAAGUGAUGCAAAGUGAAAAUGACUGAUGCUAGUGGAAUUCAAAAUGAAAUUGUAGAUGGUGAGAAAUGUGCCUCUUGUAAAAACAAGAUGUUGAUUUGAAAUGCGUGUCAUAUGCUUGUAGGGGAAUGUGAAUCUGUUUGACAGAAUUGGUCACAAUGUCAAAUAAUGUAGUUGCACACAUUGUGGGGAUUAUGGUAUUUGAUGAAACUCAUCGUGAAUCUACAGUAGUUGACCAAAGGUUUACAACUAUCCAACACCUUUGCCUUUCAUGCAUUUAGACUUCUCGCACCCCUACACGAAACGACCAAGUGUCAAGGUUUUUUAAUUCUUGAGGUUAAGAUCACAGUAAUGAGAAUAUUUGUGAAUAGUGUGUUUGAAUUUCCAAGCAAAACCACAUUACUGGCCUACUUUAUAACUACUGAAAUGUACAUAUGAAGGUUUAAGGAAGUAAAACACUCACCCAGUUUUGUUAAUAGAGUAAUUAGAUUAACAAAUUAUAAUAUUGAUAUAUUAAUUUGUGUAAACACGAAUUCUAUUUGUGUGACUGGUAAGGCAAAUGCAAACCAUCCAUGCAUCUUUAUUGGAGCAAGCAUUUUACCUCCAGUUGUGAAUACUGUAAACAUUUUCCCUAUCUGUUUCCAUAGCAUCGCUUAAUUUUUUUGAGCUGAUCUUGAAAAUCCAGGGUCAUUGUUCAGGACAAUCCUUUCAGUCAUCAUCUGGAUUUCGAGGGUUAAGUUUGUGUUGAUUAAUUUGAAAGUAAUGUUACUGUGUUUGUAGGCCUAAAAAUGCAUACACAGCAUCAUUUUGGAGCAACGGUUUAUUCAUUUCAUUUAAUAAGUAAAAGGCCAGAUUAUACCGGACGCGUCUACGGUACAAUUCCGCCAAGCUCCGUGUUGACUGCGUGCCCUGCAGUAUGUCAAAAAUAGGACAAAACAUACCAACUGCGCACAACUGCAGUCCUGCAGCUCUGUCCCGUCGCAAGCGCUCGCGAUAAUAUGGCAUUAAAAACGACAAACACACAGAGUCUGUACUCAACAGAGAAGCAGAGAGAGGUGGACUUGAUUUGACUGAACAUUUUUUCCCCGAAUUUUUUUGCGUUUACAAUGGGUUUGUGACACCCCGACCACAUCAACAAGCCGUUCUCUACUAUUUACUGUUUUAAAUUACAUAACUUGCAUAACUCACUGUCCAUCCUCAUAGGUUCUGCUAUGGUGUUCCAUGUAGAUUCCUUUAUAAACUUUGCGACUUUCCACCUCCAUAAUGAAUCGUUCAUCAUCCAUGUUGGCUGGUGUUUAAACCGUGAAUAAGCACCUGGCUUCUUGACUGUAGGCCUCGCUCCGCCCAAUUUGACGGAUGCGUCACCGACAAAAAUAGAAAAUAGCCCAAACUAUCCGGAGGGCUCUGGCACGUCGGAGAUGGUCUCUAGUCAAUCCGUCGCGCUGACACGGCCGGUACAUUUUGAACAAUAGGAUAGAAUGAAAAUUGAUUGGCUCCGACGCUAUAUCUUGCUGGAUCCGGAUCACAGACGCGUCUGGUAUAUUUUGGCCUUAAUGUUUGUUGGCACCUAGGCGUGGGAACCGAAAACUUUUUGAAGGGCUAUAGAGAAUAAGAUAAGAUUAGCCUUGUUGUAAGCAUCCCGACAGAGACUUAACACCAACACAUGAUUCGAGUACCAGUAAAUUGGGGUACCAUGCUCAUUUUGCUCGACUGAAUUGGAUUUAAGGUUGGUCAGUCAGACCAAAUGAUGUAAUGUAGGUAGGCUGAUUUUAAUUUUACCUAAAUCUUAAAAAAAAGUUGGCUCCACCAUUCAAAUACAGAAGCUGUUGAAGGUGUCAGAAAAUCACAAUUUGAAAAUAUCUGUAUUGCUCAGUGCCAUGACUAGAAUGGCCUCUUACGUUUAGUGAAAUUAAUGUGAACUGCAAAUAUAUCAGUACGGAAUGCAUCCUUUUCAGCUAUAAUAUACAGCAUGUAUGCCUGCUGUUCAUCCAGUAUCCUCUUCAUCCAAUGGUUAUUGUUUUGUACCCAUGUUUGCAUUGUGUGUGUGUGUGUAUGUGUAUGUGAGCGUGUGCUGGCCUAAAUGAAAAUCUUAUGUCAUUCUGUCAUGUUUUCAACGUAAAAGACUAGGAAUUCUGAAUGCACUAUGUUAAGGAACUGCAGGUCUAUCUUUUUAAAUAAAUUGUUGCCUUUUCCUGCU